UGUUGGAACAGCCUUCACAGCCACCACAAAAACAACCUCUACAACCACAACAACUGCACCUGCCUUUGUUGACAACCCCGAUAUCUCUAUAAGCGUCAUAAUGUCCUCCACAACAAGCCUGGCCCUGGCCGUGGCCCUCGCCGUGACCGUGGCCCUCUCCAUGCCCCUCCUGGCCACCGCCGCCCCCGCCGCCGCCGCCCUCGCCGCCGCCGCCCCCCAGCCCGUCAUCGCCAACGGCAGCAGCGUGGCUGUGGCCCCCCUGGCCGAGGCGUUCCUCUUCUGCUGGGUGGACGCCGCCGCCGCCGUGCAGGAGGUGGAGUGGCGGGACGCCGCCGACAAGCCGCUGCCGUCGUGGACGCCCGGCGCCGACGCCUUCCAGCUGGGCCGCGGCCGACACCUGCCUCACGCCUACCUGGUGCUGGCCGACUUCCGGCAGGACCUGGCGGGCGUGUACACCUGUGUGGCGCGCGGCGAGGCGGGGGUGGAGAGGCGCGCCAGCGUGGCCGUCAGCCUGGACGACGCGGCGCCCUGGGCAUGGCGCUGACCUCAGCACCGCUCCAGCGUGGCCGUCAGCCUGGAUGACGCGGCGCCCUGGGCACGGCGCUGACCUCAGCACCGCGUCAGUCUGGACGACGCGGCGCCCUGGGCACGGCGCUGACCUCAGCACCGCGUCAGCCUGGACGACGCGGCGCCCUGGGCACGGCGCUGACCUCAGCACCGCGUCAGCCUGGACGACGCGGCGCCCUGGGCACGGCGCUGACCUCAGCACCGCGUCAGCCUG